CUCAAAGGCAGGCGUUGCACUGUACCUUAUUCCAUCUUACUCCGAUCCUUUGCAUGAUUGCCGUUGCAGCAUGUUGCGCCGUGGCCUUUGGUUGGCCUCCUUGGGCUGUUGCUCAAGCACGGUAAGCCCUGGGUAUGAGGUGGAAUGCAAGCAGGCAGUAAAGUCAAGCCAGCUGCUGCAGAUCUCUCGGGGGCCCUGCAAUCUGUCGCAGUUUCCAGAGAGAUCUCCUGAGUUCUACCUCGAGCCAGACAAGAUGUGGGGGCUGGACAAUGCGAGCUCCUCCUGGAAGCUGGUCAAAAGCAGUAACAGAUCAGGAUGUAUUUUACGAUUUCCAUCGUCAUCCAAAGCACGCAGCCCCACCAAGGAGUCAGAACUAUCUUUGCAUGCUUGCCUUUCAAUCCUACAACCGCUGGAGCGUUGGCGUUUAGACUUGGCAUUGCCUGCGAGUCAUGGCCGAAAGUAUCCAGGCUCCAAUCCAUCUCUUGUGCCAAUGCCAGCAAGUUUGAAACCAUCCUUCCCAGCUGGCAGAUGGUUUGUGGUAAACCGCGCCGGUUGGGGCCGAUGCCCAGGGAUGGAGGACUUCAAAAAUAAACCCCCUUUCUUUCUCCAUAAAAAUCUUUGGGGCAAUGGGUCUUAUGCAGCUGUGCUAGACCAGAACUUUGCUGUUCAAGCGGUCUCAAAAAUUGAAGUUCACGGUGAUUUGGAUUGGAAACAUGCCAUUGCCGACGUCAGAUUGUGGGUGUCUCCAGAAGGUGAUGUCAUCAUUGCUUUUCUUCCAUACUUUCUGGGUGAGAUCAGAAACCCACUCAUUGCCAAGUUGCACGUGAGUGCUACCACUGUUUCCGACUCAGACAAUGGCUUCAGGGCGUGGAUAAAUCGGCACGAGGUCAGACGGCCGCAAUAUUGCGACCAUCCGAAAAACCCCAUGAAAAAUCUUGGGUUUCUUCACUUCGGCGCUUCUACCUUCAUCAUGGACAGAAUUUACCCUACUUCCGUGUCUGCGUUGAAUUUGACUUUGCUCAAUGCAUCUGAAGAAAUUGAACUCGCCGCGCACCACAAUUAUACCUUUGAGUUUUUGAAAGGCAAAAGGGCCAACGGAUCUUUGAGCAAUGAGUCUUUUGCUGUCAUUUGUGCGGAGCCACGAUUGAUCAGAACAACCAACGCAACCAACCACUCCCCUUGGAGUGGUGUUACGGGACAGGUGCCGCAUGUUUUCCUGCACAAUGGUCCAUCCCCAGUUUGGAUAGAUGAGCUCCAGGUCUUCCUGGGCAUCGGACAUCUGGCACGGGGAGAGAGAAACCAUGCAACGUCUCUGCCAGACCACUACACACAUCAGUUCUUCGCCCUUGCCCCGGAUUUUCAAAACGAUUCUCAAGAUGAUUCUCAAGUGGCCCAAGGGCAGCAAACCUUUCGCUUGAUUUCGGCAUCGCCCGAGUUCUGCUUCAGUAGUGUUCAGGCUCCGCUAGAUUGCGAGAACAUACAAUUUGCAAGCACUUUGGUUCGAGAUGGCAGCAGUUUGCUUGUAGGCUAUGGCAUCGAGGAUUGCGAUUCAUUUAUCCAGCGCUUUGCCUUGGAUCAAGUUCUGCAUUCACUUCGUAAUCUUGACCUCUAGUGACUCUAGCGGGGCUUGCAUGCCGAGAGAAAGAUGCGCAGGCUGCAAA